AUGGAGGCGAGCGGCGCACGCUGUUAACGCUUUUGGUGCCUGCUUGGGACAGCUGGUAGGACACUGAACCAGCAGGGAGCUCAGCCGGGUUAAACCUCAAAGUGCAUCCCAGCAGGAAGAAAGCCUGGGGCCCCACCACUCUGAGCCACACUGAACCACAGCAGCAGGUAGCAGAACAUAGCACUCACCAUGACUCUGGCACUUCAGGCGAUGCCUCUCACCUGCCUGGUGCUGCUCCUGCUCCACAAUGCCCCAGGUGCCCAGCCAUAUCCAGACUUCAAGCUGCAGCAGCCCCGGGGCCCAGUGGUGGUGAUCAAAGGGGAGGUCCUGACCCUGAACUGCACUAAAGUUGGAAUGGGUCCUAUUGGCCCUGUGAGGUGGUGGAAGGUCCAGGGCAGCAGCAAUCAGACCAUUUAUGACCCGAAAGGCUCCGUCCCACGUGUGACGAGAGUAGAUGCUGAGUCCAACGAAGACCUCUCCAUCCGCAUCAGGGAUGUCCAUCUGGAGGACACUGGCACCUAUUACUGUGUGAAGUUUGUCAAAGGCACGAUUGGUGUAGAGUUCUUUAAGAGCGGUGGGGGCACGGAGGUGUUGGUGCACGCCAGACCCUCCGAGCUGGCCAUGUCAGAGCCCAGUGACCGAGCGGUGCCAGGGCAGUCGGUGCCCUUCACCUGCAGCACCAGAGGGUUCUUCCCCCGUGAGAUCCAGGUGAAAUGGCUCAAGAACAGCACUCCAGUUCGGGCUGUGCCGCCCCCCAUCACCGCAGAGCUGCCAGACUCCUUGUACAGCGUGUCCAGCACCGUACAGGUGAAGCUGAGCAAGGGCGAUGUCCGCUCGGAGCUCACCUGUGAGGUGCAGCACAGCACGCUGCCAGCCCCGCUGACCAGGACGUACGUGCUGGGCCGGGUCCUGCGAGUUCCCCCCAGCGUGUCUGUGGUCGCCGCACCGCCGGGAGCCGUGCAGGUGAAUGAGACAGUGAAAUUCACCUGCCGCGUGCAGGGCUUCUACCCGGGAGCUGUGAGCAUCACCUGGCUGGAGAACGGGACGGAGAUGAACGCGGGGAGCAGCGCGCAGCCAACAGAGACCUCCCAGGGCUUGUUUGAGCAGAUCAGCACGUUGAUGGUGCAGGCGGGGGAGGAGAAGAGCGGCUCCAGGUUCACCUGCCGGGUGGUGCACGAGAACCAGGAGCCCAUCUCCAGCACGUACACCCUGCGGGUCAUUGUCCCAACCCAGUGGGAACCCAGAGGUUCCUCUCUCCUGUCCUACCCUGGCUUAUGGCUCGGCCUGCUGCUGGACAAGGCGCUCCUGGCCAUCGUCCUCUUCUUCCUCUUCAGGCGCAUCCUGCACUGAGCAUUGCUGGGCUGAGCUCCAGGACAAGGAUCAUCUUCAUACAGCCCUUCACAGCCCCAUAGCACUGGGAUGGGCCCGGCCUGCGCCCUCCCGACCCCACUGCUUCUAUAACCGACUUUUGAAGAUGAAAUCGAUGCACAACCUCGUGCCCAACUCAAUACAACAUACUGCCCAA